CCAGUUGCAAACGGCGUGUAUUCGCAGCCGCUCGUCAACAAGACGGUAACCCGAAAAAACUCUCAUUAACCUAAAUUCAAAUCUACCUAUCAACCAACUACUAUCACUUAAAUUAUUCGCCAUUAUCAUUAUCAACGCUUAAUUGAUAUCAAACAAACAUUAUCGUGCAUUUACUAAGGGCAAUCGUAAUGUCGCAGCCAUCGGCACUCGCUACAAUAUAUCUCUCAUUGCAACAGCGGCUCGUGUUUGAAUAACAAUGGAAAGUUUGUCGGUUUAGUGUUCAAAAUGGCCGACGUGAAAAAGGAAGCUGAGCGAAUAGAGGAGAAUCCGUUGAACAGGAAUGCUCCAGAAGAAAACGGAAAAAAGACGUUCAGGCAAAAGCUGCAAAAUGUGAGGAGCAAUGUGACCGUCGAGCCGAUGCUGGGAGGGCUCAUUAUACCCAGCGUUUUGUCCAGGUUUGCUAUGGGGAAUCUCAAUCUCGACAAAGCGUGCCGGGUCAACCUGCAGUUCGGAGACGAAGUCUGUGACGCUUUGAUCAAAAAAACAAGUACAAACUAUUCUUCUUACGAAAAAGAAGUCCAGGCACUAAUCGCAUCCAUUGAUAUAUGGAAGGGGAUCAUACACACAGCCUUGCCAUGUAUCAUCAUAAUGUUUUUGGGAGCUUGGAGCGACAGGACGGGCAAACGGAAAAUCUGCAUCUUGCUGCCCGUGAUUGGAGAACUUUUGACGUCCAUAAACAAUUUGGUAAACGUGUACUUCUUUUACGAAAUUCCAGUGCAAGUGACUGUGUUCCUAGAGACGUUGUUCCCCGCUAUCACUGGUGGGUGGGUGACUAUGUUCCUUGGUGUUUUUAGCUAUAUAAGUGACAUUACUACUGAAGAGUCCAGGACAUUUAGAGUUGGUCUCGUGAACUUCUGCAUGACCGCUGGGAUACCGAUCGGGUUUGCCUUGAGUGGGAUUUUCCUGAGCAGAUUCGGAUACUACGGGACGUUCUCAAUGACUGCUGUGAUGUUCACAAUUGCUCUAUUGUAUGGAUUCAUAUGCUUAAAAGAACCCGACGUGUUAUUGAAAGAACAAGGAUUACCGCCUAUAGAACGCAAGUCCAGCUCAGAUGUGUCCUUCUUCGACACCACCCACGUGUUGGAAACCAUCGGCGUGGCCUACCGCCGUCGUCCGUCCAACAGGAGGAUACGGCUGAUACUCACUCUGCUAACAGUCUUCAUACUUUAUGGACCUGCCAUGUCCGAACACACAGUGUUCUACCUAUUCGUGCGGAAUCGACUGAACUGGGACAUGGUGAAAUACGGCCUUUUUGCUUCCUAUUCCAUUGUCCUACAUUCCUUUGGUGCCAUGUUUUCCAUCACGGUGCUGAGCAGGCGGCUACAGGUGGACGACUCGGUGCUGUGCAUCAUCUCCAUCAUCAGCAAGUUCGUCGGCUCCGUCUGGACGGCGUUUGUGAGGACUGACAUGGAAAUGUACUUAGUACCAAUCGCCGAAAUUAUGAACGCGACAACGUUUACUUCGCUACGGUCAAUCAUCUCGAAAUUGGUCGAGAAACAGGAAACAGCCAAGGUGAACUCUCUCUUCUCCCUGACGGAGACAGUCGCAGCUCUGCUCUUCCAUCCCUUCUACUCCUGGACCUACAUGAGGACACUGAACGUCUUCUCAGGAACAGUCUUCAUUAUCAGCGCCAUCCUCGUGAUACCAGCUCUCUGUAUUGUAACAACCUUCUACGUACAGCAGAAGAUAACCCAAAAGAAGUCAAGAAAAAAGGCAUUGGAAGAAGAAGAGAAAAAAGAGUCUGAAUUGAAAAAGGCUGGACCUCUUGAAUUCCAGCCUUCCAAAGUAGCCACAGAAUAAAAAAGUACAAAUUAUAUGUAUAAGUUUAGUCUUUAGUACAAUGCCUACAAUCAUCGUCCUAUGUAUUGGCGCAAGUACACUAUGCGAUAAAUUGGCCGUGUGUGAACACCAUUUCGAUUACUUUCUCCUUCCACCCCUACGUCACCCUUACUCCUGGAAAAUUUUACACAUAGUUACUUUCGCCAUAUAAAUAUCUUUAUUUUAGUGUUCGGGGUGUUUCGCGAUAUAUUCUCGUCCGAAAUAUGCACUGUGAUUGUUCUAAAUAAAUAAUAAUUUUUAAUUUAGAUUUUUUUUAAGUUCGUUUUGGCAAACUUAUUUUUACUGCAAAUAUUUUAAGCUGUAUAUACUGUUUUUUGUUUUGUUUUCUUUAUUUAUAAGGCUUUGUAAAUAACUAUACUAAUAUCAUAUAUUUCUUUUUAUCUUUAUUUUUUUAUUUUUUAAGCUGUUACGUCAAAUUUCUGAGAUUUCUAAAGGCCCUUCUCAAGAAGACCUCACCAUCAACAUCACACUAUGACUAUUGUAACAACAACGAGAACUCACCGUCAUUAUUUUAAUACGAAUGCAAAUAAUAAUGAAUGAAGAGGCAUGUUCAUUUAAUUUUGACAAUUAAGAUCAUUCUUAAUUCAUUUAACUAUUAAUUGCAUCAUGUUACUGAUGUAACUGUACUGUUAUUUCAAUUUAUCCAAUGAAUGAGUAUUUUGCUUUUGCUAAAAAACUAUUCAUCAUCAUAAUUUCAGCGACAGGACGUCGCCAGCUGACCUCUCCCAAUUAUCGUCCAAAAUACCUCAGUGUCAAAACGAAAGUGUGAGAAAAACUAUUAUACAAAUAAAUAUUUCCUA